AACAUUAACAUUACAAAACUGGCUAACUUGACAUAAAAACGUAAUUAUUCAGUAAAUUAGGUAUACACAAUAAGUGCUAAUAAUGACAUGGAGCUGUUUGUUAGAAACGUGAAAGAUCUUUUAGAGAAGCUCCUGCACAGUCAAAGUAAUGAAAGUCUGGUUGAAGUUAUUGACAAGCUGUUUGAAGAGGUUUUGUCUCUUGAGCAGCCCACUAAAAUCCAGGAUUUACAGAUUGAAGAGUAUUCUAUCCAGUUGUGGAACUGGGCUGUGACCAAAAAUGUUGGUUCAUCCAUCAGUGAGCAAGAUAAAGCCAAAGUGCGUCAUGUGGCCUGCAAACUCUUGUACUUAUGUGAACCUGAAAACCCGCCAGAGAAUACAAUUCGCAAGCAAAUUUUGAUGGCUAGUAAAACAGGAAGAACAUGGCUUGAUUGUAAAAAUCCCAAGCUGGCUGAUGAAUUUUUAAAUCAUGCUGUGAAUAGCCUGGAGACUCUUUACAGUCAACUAAUAACCCAUGGUGGUGAUGUUGGUGAUAUGAAUGCACCAAAAGGAGAUGUUGAGAAAGACCUGCUGCGGGUUCUCUCUUAUCAAGCUGAAUCUGCAGUGGCUCAGGACAAUCACAAUAAGGCUAUUUCUUGCAUACAAAGAUGUAAAGAGAUGCUUCUGAGAUUUCCCAAGGAGACUGGCUAUCUGUCCCUAGUUUGCUAUAACUUUGGCGUAGACACAUAUGGUAAAAAGAAGUAUGAGGAAAGUUCAUUUUGGCUUAGUCAGAGCUAUGAUAUAGGAAAGGUUAAUGCAAAAUACUCUCCAGGAAAAGAAAUGCAGGCCAAAGUGUUGAGACUUCUUGCUACAGUUUACUUGGAAUUAGACUGUCAGAAGUAUCGGGAUAAAGCUCUACAUGCUGUCAGCAUGGCUAAUAAGGAAAACUUACAGCCAUCAGGCCUUUAUUUAAAGAUCCGCAUUAUGCUGAAGAGUGGAACACCAGAUGAAGCUGUCAAGUCAGAACUGGCAGAACUACUUUGUUCUGAUGUUCCUCUGGACGCAUGUCUGAGUACAGUCAAACUGCUGAUGGCAGAGAACAGAGAAACACUGGCCUUUGAUUUUCUGAAAACUGUUUGUCAGCAUUUUGAGACGUCGCCAGAGCUGGGCUCUGCAGUUCUGUUGCAUAUUGAACUUCUCUUGCUGAAAGGCAAAGAACUACUGGGCAAGCAGAAAAUUGAGGAUGCAAUCACAGGUCAUUACACAGGAAGGCAAUUAUCUCCACAGAUUCUCACCUCCCUUCAUCUGCUUCUGUGGGAUAAAGCAUCGAAAAACUUUGAGGCCAAAAAGUAUUAUGAGGCUUUGCAGUGGUACAACUAUUCACUAAGUUUUUACAAGGCUGGUGAGCUGGAUCAGAACCUGGGCAAACUGCAAAGAAACCGAGCGUCCUGUUUCCUUCAUUUACAGCAACUAAACAAGGCCAAGGAAGCUAUUUCAGAGGCAGCUAGGUGUGAUCCUAACAGUGUUUUUACACAUUUUUGCGUCUUCAAGCUUGCUGUCCUGGAGAACAACGGAGAGAAUGCUGCUGAGGCUAUAAGAGAGAUUGGUGCUUUAGCUCAGACGCCUGUGAAAGGUGAGGACAGGCUUCUUGUGUCACAGAAUGCAGCAGCAAGCCUUCUAAGUCUAGCUGCACAGAUUGCCCUGGAGAAUGAACAACAGGAGACCGCCAUGAAAGCUUUGGAAAGCCUGUGUGAACACUCACAAGAUGUAGUACAAGUACUCGCUGCUCUCAGGUGUUUAAUUCGACUAGAGCUUUCAACAAUUGAAAACACCCUUAAUGAGAUCAGGGAUGCCAGUCUAGAUGCCCUUUUAACAUAUCUAAAGAUGGGAUUAAAAAACUUGCCCCUGCUUAGUGAAGUUUCUGGCCAAAAUGCUGACCAGUGCUCGAAAGAGGCCAAUUGGUUCAGAAAAAUAGCCUGGAACACAGCCCUGCAGUGUGAGAACAGUCCUGCUAGAAUGAAAGAUUUCUUUAUUCUUUCUUAUGAGCUGUCAAAGUUGUGUGUCCCAGACAGAGUUAUUUUAAUGGGACAGAAGACAUGUUUGGUGAUGGUUGUCGCUGCCUGUAUGGAGAUCUGCAAGAUGUCUUCUAACUCUGAACAGACUGAGAUCCUAAUGCAGGCUUUAGAGUACAUUCAGAUUUGCUGGGAGGUCUGGAGGACUCUUAAAGCUUCAGGUGAAUAUUCAAAAGAUCCCACUGAAGCCUUAUUACUUUUGUAUGAGUUUGAGGCACGUGCCAAGUUAAAUGACCCCAAGCUUGAGUCUGUGCUCGAGUCAGUCCUGGAGCUUGAUAACAUUGACACCAAAAUGCUGGAGACAAUUGCAGCCUUAGCAAUGGAACCCCCAGCCCACUUUCCAGGGCUGUGUAAGAAAGCUUUGAGAAUUGCACUCUGUUUGCACAGACAAGGCCCCCAGUCAGAUCUGUCACACUGCAGCAAUUAUUUGCACAGUCUGAUCCAGCUCUCCUUGCCCAGUGGUGUGUGUGAAGUGGAGCCAAGUGUGUUAGAGGAAGUGUGGGGUUACUAUGAGGAGGCCCUGUCCAUUAUUACAGCUGCACCUGAAGACUUCCCUGAAGUGGAGAUCUUAUGGCUGUUGACUCGAGCGUGGAACACAGGAAUUUUGCUCUACAGUCUAGCUCAAUAUGCUGAGGCUGAGAAGUGGUGCGGAUUAGGGAUGAGCUUUCUGCACCAUUUGGGUUCUAUGCAGGAGAGCUAUCAGACUCAGAUGUCUGGUCUGUACAGCGAGGUGCUGGACCGGUUGGACAAAGCCAAAAAGAAUCUAAAAAUGGAGGAAUGACCACGUCAUUAGUUAGUUUUCCUCUUGUUACUUUUUGCACUGUAUUUCAGGUUCAGAACGUAGAACAGUAUUAGAAUAGCAAAAAUGAUCUUUAAGGCUGUGGGGUCGUUCUGUAUUGCCUGUGUUUUGCAGCUUCUUAAAACAAAGUUACUUGGAUUAAGGGGAAAUGGAAACAUUUAAGAUUCAAAGUCCAUUCGAACCACACAUUUUAUUAUUUUUAAAGAAAUAAAUGUUUGUCCAGUCCAAAAAUAAACAAAUGAAAAAUAAAAAUAAAUACUAGGACCAUGUUCCCUCCUGACUAGGGUAGAGGACUCGUUUUCCAUGGGUGCUCCUGUACAAGCGAAGGGUUUGUGUUCGUAAGCACUACGUGUUUGUGUGCUUUCACAUUAGCAACUCAUCCCCACCCAAGAAGACAAACUGAACCCCAUGUGCCCCACCCAUAAACAAGUUUAUUACAUCACACUUCUCUGGAGCAAGAAUUAAAACCCUCAGCAAUACACACAGAGCCAUUCAGAAUCAAUGGAGGAUUCAGCAACCUUAAUAGAAAUAGAAUAGAUUACAAUGAAUGAAAAUUCUUUGGGCUUUGACUGACAUGGCUGAUUGACACCAGACACAUUUAACAGUCAGCUGUUCUUUUACUUAACACCAUGAGGAGCAGUUCUACGUUAAAUGAAUUCACUUGGCUCCUGCUAUACUUUAAUGGCUCCCUACAGGUUUCUGUCUGAAUCUUAUAACUUUUUACAAUUUCUCAUCUAUACACUCAGACAAGUUCCACAUAAUAGCACAGGUAGACAGCCCCUAGGUUAGGAAUGUUAACCCCCAACUGACUAAAAAAUGUGUUCUGAUAGACAGCUGAAGAUUUUUCAUCUAUAGAGAAAUACCCACAUUACAGCACAUCUGUAUGGAAAUUAAUCUCAGAAUAAGUCAACGUUUACUUACCUGACACUUGUGAUCUUAUAAAACAUUUGUCCCAGUUGUUUCACACAUGCAUGAAGCACAAGUGAGGGGAUAUUUACAUUUUACAGCUAACACCCUUUGAAACAGUCUGUAAGCAGUUUAUAAAUGGCUCUGUUCCCUUCAAUUAUUCCCUGAACUCUGGUUUUGACACAAAUAGAAGAGCUGGUUUAGUAAAGAUGUUUAGCAGGUGGGCACACCUACUCAGAUAGUGCCUGCUGAUGCAGGAGCUGGGGUGUAGAGGGCUCAGCAAUGUCAUCACUUCCCGUGUCCAAAAUUGCUGGGCUGCUUCUUAUGCCUCUAACAAAACCUUCAUCCACUUAAAAGCAGAAAGAGGUGAAAAGUCAUCUCAGUAGUUUUGGGGGACUGUAGUGUUCCUUUAUCAUUGAGUCAGCAUAGUCCCUUUAUAUACAGAGUGGUAAAGCUUAGCACUGUUGAAUCAGGGCGUACACAAGAGGGUCACCACAGGUGCAGCAAUCACAAAGCAUGGCAAAUAAAAUGAAUUAAAAUGCAUCUUAUAUGCUAGCUUUGUUAGGUCAAGAAAUAAAUUUUAGUUUUGCCAUUUUGUCAACAUUAAUAUCCCUCUUGACAGUUUCUUUCAAAGGAUGGCUGGUUAACCGAGCUUACCUCGGCUCAAGGAUCAAUACAGUCGAGUCAUGUCAGCCGAGAAAUAAUGAAAAAUAAAUAAAAGGUAAAAUAAUUACAAACAACAAAUUUAACUCUAACAUCUGUCAGGUCAGGAAACUAAGGCCAACUUAGGCUGUACUAAAUCUUUAAUAGAAGGACAUCCAGUACAAUUAUCUUGUUUUUACCCGUUUUAAGGCCUUCUGUCGGGCAUCUUAGAGGACAGUACCAUGUUACCGUUCAGUCUAUACGGCAGAGAAAGUGCAAGUGGGCUGUCUGUUGCUUAAUAUCUUAAGGGAAGCCUUGGUCGCCAAAAUCCAGUCACUUAAGACAAAAGAUGAGUUUGGGAUAGGAAGGGGGGAGAGUUGUAGGUAAGACACUCAAAUCUAUUGCACUCACUUAGGCCUCCAACUACGUAAUAGAAAACUCCAUUAGCACUGAUCAAUUAAAUAUUUGUACAAUUUGUAUCGUCACCCCAAAAUUGAUUCUGCAGAUUUUUAUUAAUUAUAAGGCAGUUUGGUGUUCUGCAGAAAGCCCAGUUACACCCCUCUACCCUAUUUUUGAAUAAAGAGCAGCUAAAAAAAAACCACAAGAAAAGAGAAAACACAAAAACCAAAAGACAAAUAGAUGAACUAACAGCCCUCCAUAUAUAUAUAGACAAUUCUAGUGAAGUGUAAAAUAUGUACCAUAGUAUAUGUAAUAAAAUCACUCCAUAUGAUUUUUAUUUACCAUGUAAUUUCAGUUAUAUAAAUGUAUAGAUUUAUAA